UCAUGGCCAAUUGUGUUUCAUUUGUAUACCAUCUCCCUGUUGUCUUCCUCCUGCCCUGGGUUAUUUUGAGGCAAAUCCCAGACAUCAUUUCAUUUUAUCUGUAAAUGUUUCACUAUGUGUCUUAAAAAAAGAUAAGGACUCUUAAUAUAUUCCUUAUUGUCUGUAAAAAGGGCUCUUAAGGAUGUUCCUUUGGACAUGCUAUUCCUUCCCGUGCCCUUUGGGCCACUAGGGACAUACAUGUGGGUACCUGGACAUCGGAUCAGUUGCCAUGCUGGGGUGUUGGUGAAAAGCUGUCUUGGCCCCUGCUGACUCCCCUGAGGUCUGGUCAGCCACAGUGCAAGAUCCCACCCAAGUCUUUGCCCUUGCCAUCAUUCAGCCAUGGGGGAUAUGAAAACUCCAGAUUUUGAUGACCUUCUGGCUGCCUUUGACAUCCCAGACCCCACCAGCCUUGAUGCCAAGGAGGCUAUCCAGACUCCUAGUGAGGAGAAUGAGAGCCCCCUGAAACCUGCAGGCAUGUGUAUGGAUGAGAGUAUGUCCUUGUCUCACUCGGGAUCAGCUCCAGAUUUGCCAGCUGUGAGUGUCAUUGUCAAGAACACCAGUCGGCAGGAGUCAUUUGAAGCAGAGAAAGACCACAUUGCUCCCAGCCUCCUACACAAUGGAUUCCGGGGCCCAGAUCUGCCUCCAGAGCCCCACAGCCUGGGACACAACUGUGGGAAAUUUGAUUCCACUUUCAUGAAUGGAGACAGUGCCAGGAGUUUCCCUGGCAAGCUGGAGCCACCCAAGUCAGAGCCAUUACCAACCUUUAACCAGUUUAGCCCAAUCUCCAGCCCAGAACCAGAGGAUACCAUCAAAGAUAAUGGGUUUGGGAUGAAGCCCAAGCACUCUGACAGUUAUUUCCCACCCCCUCCUGGGUGUGGGCCUGUGGGCGGCCCAGCCCUGGAGGCUCUGGGGAAGUUUCCAGUCCCAGAGCUGCAUAUGUUUGAUCACUUUUGCAAGAAAGAACCGAAGCCAGAGCCCCUGCCCUUAGGGAACCAGCAGGAACAUGAGCAAAGCGGGCAGAAGGUGGUAGAACCUCACAAGGAGCUGGAUGCCAGUCAGUUCUUUGGGGAAGCUCUGGAGUUCAACAGCCACCCCAGCAAUAGUAUUGGAGAGCCCAAGGGGCUUGCCCCAGAGCUCAGUACCUUCUCUUCUGUCCCCCCAAGGCAGCGUCUGAAACCAGCUCAUUCCAAGCUGUCCUCUUGUGUUGCCGCCUUAGUGGCCCUGCAGGCCAAAAGAGUGGCCAGUGUCACCAAGGAGGAUCUGCCUGGUCACACGAAGGAUCCAUCAGGGCCCACUAAAGAGGGUUCUAAAGGCAGCCCCAAAAUGCCCAAGUCACCAAAGAGUCCCCGGAGCCCUCUGGAGGCCACUAGAAAAAGUAUCAAGCCAUCAGACAGCCCUCGGAGCAUCUGCAGCGACAGCAGUGGCAAGGGCUCCCCUUCUGUGGCUGCCAGCUCCCCACCAGCAAUUCCCAAAGUCAGAAUCAAAACCAUUAAGACAUCAUCAGGGGAAAUCAAACGGACCGUCACAAGGAUCCUGCCAGACCCCGAUGAUCCAAGUAAGUCCACUCUUGAGUCACCUCUAGGGAGUGCCGUUGCUGAGGCCCUGGGCGAGGUGCCAGGGGACGAAGUCGCUGCCCUACCUGCGGAGGCAUACUUUCCUGAGGUGGGCACAAAUUCAAGGAGCCCCCAGGGUGACAGGAAGGGGGAUGAGAGCAUGACCAAAGCCAGUGAAUCAUCGUCUCCCUGCUGCAGCUCUGGGCCCCGGGUCCCAAAGGGGGCUGCCCUGGGCUCCCAGAUGGGCAAGAAACAGCAGCCAAGCUCAGCACCACAGGCAUCCACCCCAGCCCCCGCCAACCUUCUGCCCAAAGCCAUCCACCUGGCCAACCUGAACCUGGUCCCACACAGCGUUGCUGCAUCAGUGACAGCCAAGUCCUCAGCUCAGAGGCGUAACCAGACACAGCUCACGCAAAUGUCGGUGCCCCUGGUCCACCAGGUGAAAAAAGCUGCCCCACUGAUUGUGGAGGUCUUCAACAAGGUCCUCCACAGUGCCAAUCCCGUGCCCCUCUAUGCACCAAAUCUCAGCCCCCCUGUGGAUAGCAGGAUCCAAGUGCCAGCUAGUGGGUACUGCUGCUUGGAGUGUGGAGAUGCGUUUGCCUUAGAGAAGAGCCUGAGUCAGCACUACAGCCGGCGGAGCGUCCACAUUGAGGUGCUGUGCACACUGUGCUCCAAGACUCUGGUCUUCUUCAACAAAUGCAGUCUGCUCCGGCAUGCCCGUGACCACAAGGGCAAGGGGCUUGUCAUGCAGUGUUCCCAGCUGCUCGUGAAGCCCAUCUCCGCCGACCAAAUGUUUGUGUCAGCUCCUGUGAACUCUGUGGCACCAGCAACCCCAGCCCUCUCUUCCUCUCCAAAGCAUGGACUCACUUCUGGUAGUGCCAGCCCUCCUCCUCCCGCCUUGCCGCUCUACCCGGACCCUGUGAGGCUCAUCCGGCAUGGAAUCAAGUGUCUGGAAUGUCACAAGCAGAUGCGGGACAACAUGGCACUGGCUGCACAUUUCCAGAGGACGACAGAGGAAACGGAGGGGCUGACUUGCCAGGUGUGCCAGAUGCUGUUGCCCAACCAGUGCAGUUUCUGUGCCCACCAGCGGAUCCAUGCACACAAGUCCCCCUACUGCUGCCCGGAGUGUGGGGCCCUGUGUCGCUCUGCCUACUUCCAGACCCAUGUAAAGGAGAAUUGCCUGCACUAUGCCCGCAAGGUGGGCUACAGGUGCAUCCACUGUGGUGUCAUCCACUUGACUUUGGCCUUGCUUAAAAGCCACAUCCAGGAGCGGCACUGCCAGGUCUUCCACAAAUGUGCAUUCUGCCCCAUGGCCUUCAAGACUGCCAGCAGCACCGUGGACCACAGCACCACCCACCACCCUACCCAGCCCCACAGACCCUCCCAACUCAUUUAUAAGUGCUCCUGUGAAAUGGUCUUCAACAAGAAGAGGCAUAUUCAGCAGCAUUUUUAUCAGAAUGCUAGCACGGCACAGGUUGGAGUCUUCAAAUGCCCUGAGUGUCCACUCUUGUUCCUGCAGAAGCCAGAGCUGAUGCAACAUGUCAAGAGCACCCAUGGGGUUCCCCGAAAUGUGGAUGAGCUGUCAAGCCUCCAGUCUUCAGCAGACCUAUCCUCAAGCCGCCCCAGCUCUCGAGUUCCCACUGAGCCCCCAGCCACUAGCGUGGCUGCUCGUGGCAGCUCCCUGCCCUCUAGCCACUGGGGCAGGCCUGAAACCCAUCGCAGGGCUGAAGCCAGGCCUCGGCUCAGGAACACAGGCUGGACCUGCCAGGAGUGCCAGGAGUGGGUACCUGAUCGGGAGAGCUAUGUGUCCCACAUGAAAAAGAGCCACAGUCGGACAUUGAAGCGGUACCCAUGUCGGCAGUGUGAACAGUCCUUCCACACCCCCAAUAGCCUGCGCAAACACAUCCGCAACAACCAUGACACAGUAAAGAAGGUCUACACUUGUGGGUAUUGUGCAGAGGACAGCCCCAGCUUUCCUCGGCCCUCCCUCCUAGAGAGCCACAUCAGCCUUAUGCACGGUAUCAGAAAUCCUGAUUUGAGCCAGACAUCCAAAGUCAGACCUCCGGGUGGAUCUUCCCCUCAGGUGAACCAUCUGAAAAGACCAGUCAGCGGAGCGGGGGACGCUCCAGGCACCACCAAUGGCACGACUGUUUCUUCCACCAAAAGACACAAGUCCCUUUUUCAGUGUGCGAAAUGUAGCUUUGCCACAGACUCGGGGCUCGAGUUUCAGAGCCACAUACCUCAGCACCAGGCAGACAACUCCACAGCCCAGUGUCUCCUCUGUGGCUUGUGCUACACCUCUGCCAGCUCCCUCAGCCGCCACCUCUUCAUCGUCCACAAGGUGAGAGACCAGGAGGAGGAAGAAGAGAAGGAGGCAGUGGCGGAGGCGGCAGAGCCAGAGGAGGGCACCGGAGAGGAGGUGUCCAUGGAGGCCAGGGAGAACGGACUGGAAGAAUGUGCUGGUGAGCCUUUGCUGGCUGACCCAGAGGCAAGGAGACCACUGGGCCUGGCCCCUGAGGAGGACGGUGCCCACGAUGCUCAGAGCCAACCACAGGCCUCUCAGGACCAGGACAGCCACGCCCCGUCCCCUCAGGUGUGACUGAGGCUUUGCAGUGUAUGAAGUCGGGGUGGUGCCAUGGCCUCCUCCACCUGUGAACAGUGGGAAAUAAAAGGCUCUGUCCUGGUGUGAA